CCGUUCAUUCUCGCUGCGUCUUUGGGCAUCCAUGGUCUCCGGAAGCGGUCACUCUCGCCUUCAGGCUCGCUAAGUGCGUUCGUCGUCGGCUUCACCAUGAUGUCCGUGCCGCUGCGCGCGUUCGGCGUGUCUCUCAUCGUAUUCUACCUCAUCGGAUCGCGUGCGACCAAGGUGGGCAAACAGCGCAAGGCCCAACUCGAGGAGGGUCACCAGGAGGCGGGGUAUCGUACUGCGGCGCAGGUGCUCUGCAACUCCGCGCCUGCCUUCGUCGCAAGCCUGCUUUGGAGCGCCUUGUUCGCGCCCAACUCAUUCAUAUCGAAGUUUGUUGGAAAUACGGUGACAUAUGAGACUCCAUAUGACCCUGUUGCUUGGUGUCCCCUGAUUCCACCGCCGUCCGCCCAGUGGAGCCGCCCUCUAUUGUUCGUGACGCUCGGGCACUUUGCGUGCUGCCUGGGUGAUACCCUCGCGUCGGAACUCGGCAUUCUCUCCCGCUCUCCUCCCAUCCUCAUCACCACCCUGAAACCUGUACCCCCAGGAACAAAUGGCGGUAUGUCUGCUGUUGGCACGCUUGCUUCUCUCGGCGGCGGGCUUUUGAUGGCAUUGACGCUGGUGGCGUCUCUGCUCAUUGAGAGCAGUGCCUGUAGGGCACGUUGGACAGAUGUUGCGCUGCCUGUAGUGUGUUGGGGUAUCGCUGCUGGCGGUUUAGGCUCUUUGCUUGACUCUCUGAUGGGCGCGACAAUUCAACGCACGCGCUAUUCCAACACGUCGAAGCGCAUUCUCACGGACGAAGGUUCUGAGUCUGGUGCCGAUUCAGACAUCAAGGUCGUCAGCGGGCUCGAUAUUCUUACCAACAAUCAGGUGAACUUGCUUUCGUCAAUUGUGGUUGCACUUGUCCUCGGUGCGAUCGCUUGA